AUGGCCACUAGGUGGGCAGCAGGAUGGCACCCAGUAGAGACAAUUGAAAAAGGGUCGACCUAUAUGCUUUCCUGGAGAAAUGAAUUUGCAUCAAAUAGCCACCACCAGCUAAGGUACACAAGUGGCAACUGUUCAUUUCUUCCCCCUAAAUUAAUUAGGUGGCAGGCCGUUUUAGUUCAUUCUAGCAAGUUUUGGGCCAACCCAAUGACCGAAAAUAAGUGGAACUUGCAUCCCAAACUGCAUUUCAUUGCAAUACUAGAUCAAAGAUUCAAGGGGCACUUCCAACAGAAUCACAAGCAUUGGCACUCACAAGUCACAAUCUUGGAAUUUUACAGCAAAAUGAAGAGCAAAAGUACCCUAUUAACGAACUGGCCUUCACAUCCACAUUCGAAUUAUGUGCCAUACAGAAUGGAUAAGCUGUUCCUAGUUCCAAAGAAAAGAAGUCUCACUACCAAGAACCCCGUAAAUAUUGAGACGUUCGCCGCAGAUCUAAUAUCUAGGAUAGACCAAGCGUCAGCUCAAAUCAUCAAGACCAUGUACGGUAAGGAGAAGUCGCUCUGGGUGAUAGGGAUACGCAUGUAUACCUCGAGCUCGGCGGACUUCAUGGCGAUGGGGAUGCAGAUGAGGAAGAUGCCGAACAUGGCGAUGGCGGUGUUACGGCGCCAGUGGACGGGGCGGCAGUAG